GUCAGUUUUUCGCAGUGAGAAGUGAGAUGAGAGUGGUAUUUUUAGGUUAUAAAAAUAUAAUUAUCACGUUUUAUUGUUAUUUUAUUAAGUUACGUGCGUACUAAUAUAAUUUUGAUAAAAUGGAUGACAUUGAAGAUACAGAUUUAGUAGCUUUGGAACAUGACCGUUUAAUAAGUGCAGUAUCGAAGUUAGAUAAAACGCAACACAUAACAGAGCCUACACGAAACGAACCUACAAAUCUUAACUCAGAGUUUAAUUUAAUCAAAAGAACAAAUAAACUGAACAUUGACAAUGUUGCUAAAGUGUUAGAAGACACUGCACACCACGUAAAGAUAAGUAAAAAACUGAAGAAGACUCAAAGUGGGGCGAAAGUUUUGAGUAAGCCAUUGGAGAAGCCACAGGCUGAGCGUAUCAAGCGAGCGACGGGAUAUGAAGAGACGAAGAAGAAAGUAGGAAGAUGGGACCCAGUCGUAGCAAGAAGUCGUACUGUAGAUUAUGUAACUUUUCCAAUAAAAAAUGUAUCUGCAAAACUUGAACCAACAUCAGAUUUUUUGACUAAAUUUAAAUUAAAAUCCGAACUUGAAAAGGAACUAGAAGAAGUAGAUCCCCAGCCUAUGAUUGAAGAUGAAGAAGAGGAAGAGCCAAUCUAUCCCAAGAGUUAUGAGGAAAUGGUAGAAUAUAGGCAACAUCUGGCUAAAAUGAGAGCACAACAGUCGUAUAAAGCCGCUAAAGCGAAAAGGCAAAGCAAAAUUAAGAGUAAAAAGUUCCACAGAGUUCUCAAGAAAGAAAAGUUAAAACAGGAACUGAAAGAAUUUGAGGAGCUUCAAAAGAGGGAUCCAGAGGAAGCUUUGAAAAAACUGGAAGCUAUUGAGAAAGCUAGAGCUUUAGAGAGACACACUUUGAGGCAUAAGAGCACAGGCAAAUGGGCAAAGAAUAAGUUGAUCAGAGCCAAGUAUGAUAAAGAGGUAAGACAACAAUUAGCAGACCAGCUGGCCGUUGGUAGAAGUCUUACAAAAAAGGUCCAAGAUAAUCAGAGCUCAGAUGAUGAAGCUGAUGAUGAACCAACACCUAAUUUUACUUUGUCACAAGAUCCUUUCAAUCCUUGGAUGGUACAGAGAUCAGACAAAUCUAAUGUCAAUGCUGAAUUUGACUUUGGUUAUAAGAAAUUUGUUCAAAAUAAAAUGAACAAGCAGAAGGAAUCUGACGAUAGUGACAGUGAUGAAGAUGUUGUAAAUAAUACUAUAAAGAAAAUGUCUUUGAAGGAAGAAAAGUCACCACCUCCUGAACCAAAAGAAGUAAAGUUAACAGCUCCUAAAUCAGAGGUAGUAAAGUUAGCAGCUGUUAGAUCAAAGAAAGGAAAGAAAGCAGCUGCUAAAUCAAAAGUUAAAAAGCCUCUUGCCACUUCAAAUUGGGAUGUUGAAACUGUUGAUGAUACUAAAAAUAAAUCUCAAGAUAAUUUAGAAUACCUUAAGCUGAAAAAUCAGAAAGCUAAAGCAGUCAUUGAUGAAGAAUUAAUUGAAAGUUCAUCUAAAACAGCUGAUGUAAUAGUAAACAAGGAAAAAGAAGAUACAAUCUCUGAAUUAGUAAAAGCAGCCCAAGCUCCAGUUCAAGAAUCUUCUGAUGCUAAUAUUGAUCCUAACAGAUUUAUUGAAGUUAAGCCAAAAUUUUUGAACACUGCUAUAUCUCAGGUUGAAAAUGAAUAUGAUCAGCUAGAUGAUGAUCAAGUAGUACCUAGAGUUAACAUAGAAGAGGUAUUUGAAGAAGAUGAUGUUGUAGCAAGUUUCAGGCAAGAAAAAGAAGAUGAAAUAAACAAAGACAAGCCAGAAGAUAUUAAUCUUACAUUACCUGGUUGGGGUGAUUGGGGAGGAAAAGGUGUAAAGCCACAGAAACGUAAAAAGAACAGGUUUAUUCUGAGAGCUCCACCUAAAAUGCCACGCCGCGACGAAAACAAAGGUGACAUUAUAAUCAAGGAGUUCAAAGAUCCUAAGCUUGCAGUACAUAAAGUAAAAGAUGUACCAUUCCCAUUUGAAAGUGUUAAGGACUAUGAGGCAUCAAUAAGAGCACCUCUAGGGAACACAUUUAUACCUGAAAAGGCACAUAAGAAACUGAUCCGUCCUAGUGUCAUCACAAAAGCAGGCAAGAUCAUUGAGCCAAUGGAUGAAGAUGAACUAUUGGUGCCUAAGAAUCGUAAUUUUAAGAAUGAAAGUGUUAUUAAGCUUUUAGGGAGGAAGAAAUAAAAUUUUCUUGAAUAUUUAAAUGUAAA